AUGGCUAUUAAUAUUAUGUCAGGUAUAGCAGUAUCACAAGAAGGUAUUUCAAUGAAUGAAUUGAGCGUACAAGCAUUAGCAGUCCAAUUUUUUGAAACAAAAAAUGAAUUAUAUCGUGUAAAAAAGCAGCUUAAAAUAGAAAAAGAUAAAAAUUUACAAAACAAUCAUGAUGAAGAUUCUUCUACAAUUAAUGAAAAUCAGAAUUUGGAGCAUAUUAUAGAUGAGGCAAUUGCAAAAGUUAAACUCAGAUCAACAAUUUUAAUUGAUACUAGACAAUAUUUGAAGACACUUCUUAUUCAACCAUGUCUAAAUUGUCAUAAUAAUUACGAUAAAGAAUUAGAGGUUCUUAGCAUAGGUUUUGGUGUUAAGACUCGUAUUAUUUGUAAUAAAUGUAAAAAAAUAACAGAAUAUAAAAAUGAAACAAAUCAAAAUAAUUUCAGCGUUUUGGUAUCUAGUGUAGGAUUAGCUGGUGAUGCAAAUCGUCAACAGAUAGAAACUAUAUUUUCAACAGUUGGUAUUAUAUCACAAAUCGUAAAAAAAUCUUAUCAUAAUUAUCAAAAAAAAUUUUUUGAUAUAUUACAUCAUGCUGCAAUGAUUAGCGCAGAAGAGGCUCUUAAAAUUGCUUGUUCUUAUAUUGUAAAUAUAGGAGAAAAAAUAUUACCAGUAAGUUUUGAUGUAUUCUGGUCUCAUGUAAGAAAUGCAAACCAAGCAAGUGGAGAAUUAAUUUUACAAAAAGAACUUCUUGCAAAAGAUCAAGAGGAAUCUCAAAUUAUUUAUAAGGGUAAUUUUGAUAAGUCAUUUCGUCAAAUAGAACAUGCUAUUCUUAUCGAAAUUCUUGAAAAAAUCCAACCAAGUUUAGAUAAAUAUGAUUUGAUGUUAGAUAUUAGUGUUGAUGAAGAUUUGAAUAGUAAUAAAACCUUAUCUAAUGUUCGUUCAGUAAACAAAAUUUAUGGAGAUCUUAAACAUAUAGGCAAAAACAUUCGAAAAAAAAUUAUUUGGAAAAACUAUGAAAAUGUAAUAAUGAAAUAUUAUACUCAGGUUGUAUAUGCUGCUAGUGCAAGAAAAGAAGAUUCCGACAUUAAAACACCAGAAGAUCAAGAAGUAUUAGAUUUACAAAUCAAUGGAUUAGUUGCACACCUUUCUGGUGAUCAUUCAUUAUGUUGGGAAGAUUUUUGUUGGCAUAAAUCUAAUAUUGAUUUGAAAUUACCUGAACCAAAUUUAUUAAAACACAAUAACUUUAAACGUGCUUCUUUUCGAUCUAUAUUAAUUGAAUCAUAUCAAGCUCGACAUGCAUGUGCUAUACUACAUAAUAACUAUGGAAUUGAUCAUCUGAUUGAAACUUUGCGAUCUAUAGAAGAGAAAAAUCAAAAGGAAAUUACACAACGUAAUGAAGAAAGGGAAAAAAAAAUUGAAGAACAGAAAAAUCAAACGGAAACAUUUGAUUUUGAUCAAGAUUUAAUACCUUAUGGAAAAAAUGUUAAACUCAAAAUUGAAACUCAAGAAUUUAUUCCAUCAUUUUCUCACCUUAUUCAUGAUUUUAUGUUUCUGCUUAAAUGUCACGCUUGCCUUUCUUUUUCAAAAUAUUCUUCAACUGGUCUGUGUAAAAUUUCAAAUACUGAAAUUUCUGUUGAAAAGAAAAUUGAUAUGGUAGUUAAUAAAGUGUUUGGGUUUUCUGGUUAUCGUGAAAAACAAUAUGAAUCAAUCAUAUCUUUUAUCAAUGAAAAAAAUACUCUAGUGAUUUUACCUACUGGUAGUGGUAAAACAUUGUGUUGGGCAACAUCUGCUUUAAUUAGUGAAGGACUCACUGUUGUUUUUAUACCAUUAAAAGCGUUAAUUGAUGAUCAGAUUAGAGAGCUUAUUAAUAUUAGAAUUCCAUGUGCUGGAUUAUAUACAUCUACAAGUAAUCCAUCCAAUUAUCAAGAAAAAGUAUUUGGCGAGAUUGCAGCUGGUUUUUUACGUGUUUUAUUUAUAACUCCUGAGAAAUUUCAUAAAAAUUAUGCUUUUCGUUCAAUGCUUGUGAGAAUUAGUCAGAUAAGACCAAUUCAUUUUGUGGUAGAUGAAGUACAUUAUAUAAUUGAACAAGAAUAUUUUCAUGCAGUAAGACAUCAAUCAAUUACACGUUGGAAAGCAGGUUUAACUCAGGUCAUGAUUGCAACAAAUGCUUUUGGAUUAGGAAUCAAUAUGUCCAAUAUUCGCUUAGUAAUUCAUUAUACUUUUCCACUCAGUUUAGGAAAUCUUAUUCAAGAAGCUGGAAGGGCAGGACGUGAUAGAAGAGAAGCAAAACAUAUCGUUUAUUACUCACGACAAGAUAUUAAAACUGUAUAUGGAAUUGUUGCAGGUGAACAAGAAGGUUCAACAAAUGAUAUAGUUCAAAAUACGGAAUAUCAAGAGUAUCUUGAAGAAAGACAAAAAAAAAUUUUAGAAGUAAUGUUCUUUUGUGAAUCACAAUAUGAAUGCCGUCAAAAAUUACUUAUGCAAUACUAUUCUUGGGCUAGUGAUGAAGAAAUCUUACCUUGUGAAAGGUGUGAUAACUAUUUACAUCGUCAAAACCACUGUCCAAUAAUUCAAGAUGUUCGCCAAGAUGUUUUAUAUCUAUUGCAAGUGGUUAAUGCAGUUACUAAUUAUAUGAAAAAUAAUAAUGAAAAUACAACUCAUGUUUAUAAAGAAGAUUACAACCGUAUUCUUAAAAGACAAGAAGAAGUUGCAUACUUAUUUAAAGAUCUUGUUAUUCGUGGUUUAGUCAAAGUUCAUUUCAAACUUAAUAAAUCAACUCCUACUUCUCAAAUGAAUUGUAAUCUUAUUUACACAGGUAUAACGAAAAAUGCUAUUGAAAGGGCAAGCAUAGGAAGUUGGUUUUAUAGUAUCAAAAAUCGACAAAAAUAA